UCGUUAAAUGACAGUUUGACAUUUCAAAUGCUUACAAAACAUUUAAAAAUAUUAAAUUAUUUGAAAACAUGUCCUGCAUAUGCCAAUAUAUUCUGCACUCGAUAACACCGGGUAUCAAAAAUAAUCCUGCUUCGGAAAAUAUCAAAAGCGAAGAAUAUUUAUUGGGAGAUCCUCAUGAAGAAAAAGAACCGAACGCCAUUAAAAAGGAUAUAGAGGCCAUAGGCGUCGGAGCUACUCAAGCUGCAAUGUGGCUUUUGAAACGAAAAGUGUGCGAGUAUCAAGUAUCCAUAGAAAAUCUUGAGAAUGUGGUUAAAACACUGAUGGAAAAACAGAAUUCUAUGCUGACAGAUAUGUACCGCUUAAAACAAGUCAAUUUCGAGCUAUGUGAAGAAUCUCGCAUGCAACGGGACUAUCAUACAAUGGAACGAAAUGCCAUGAUUCGUGAGUUGCGGGAUGUAAAAAUUUUACUCAGUCAUCGUUCCAAACUAUUGGAAGAAACCAUACAAAGAAAUACAGAACUCAUGAACUCAGUACAAGAGGCGGAUGAGAAAAUCUAUUUGAUAGGCAUGAAAUAUUUGAAACUAAAAAAUUCUAUUAUUUUUGGCGAGACAAAUUCGGAGGAUUCCGAAGAAUAGGACUACAUCAAACAAUAGGAGCUGGAGAAUCUGAUUAGUUUUGUUUUUUGUAGAUAGACUUUGUAAAAUUAUACUGAUAUCUACCUA